CGCCCUCUUACGACGCCGUACCGGCAAGCAUCAAAAUGGCAGCGACCAUGAGUGGAUCUGUUGCCGUGCGAGGUGGUGGUAUUUUAACAAAUCGACGGCCAGUUUUUACUUCAGACAGCAAGUGUCUGUUGGUUUGCUCCGGGCACAGGGUUAAAAUCAUCAGCUGCUUGAGUGGAGAAUGUAUCAGAGAACUGACUGGUCAUAGGUCAAAUGUCACCGGAGUUCAGGUCAAUCCUUGUAAUAAACUGCAGGUUUUAACAUCUUCAGAAGAUGGUACUGUUAUUCUGUGGGAUUACAUGGACAAUGUCAUUCUUAAGACCAUCAAGUUUGACAGACCUUUGUAUGGCUUGUUCUUACAUGAAGCACACAAGAAUGUCCUCUUUGUACUCUGCAAGAAGAUGGAUGACAACGGCCAGAUCCUGCACAAGAAGCCUCUCCGUCUCUGCCUGGCAUCUAUCCCAUCAGGCACCUCCAACAAGACGCCGCUGAUUCCAGAGUUUGUGAUCGUGGUGGGGUCUGGAGGCGAUCGUUGCAUCGGCUUCGGUGCUAGCGGCCAGUACAUGGCUUCGGUCAUGGGAAAUAAUCUGAAGGUUUUCAACUUUGAGGACAAGACUAUUCAAAGGACUGAGAUGAAGGUCAAGCCAACUUGCCUGACCUGUCAUCCCCAUGACAACUGUAUCGCUGUGGGGGAUGUCAAAGGUCAAGUGUCAAUCGUUUGGAACAUAUUUCAACAAGAAUCCCUGAUCAAGAAUAUUAACCAUUGGCACGCUCUUCCCGUUGAAGAUGUGUCAUUUUCACCAGAAGGGACAUAUCUAUUCAGCGGCGGCCACGAGUGCACACUGGUCCAGUGGCAGUAUAACUCCAAGCAUAAAGAUUUCAUGCCACGCCUUGGUAAUGCUAUUUCCCACAUAGCAUGCUCACCCAAUGGACAACUGAGGGCGCUGUCUUUGAAAAAUAACUCGAUCUUGCUCCUGACCACUAAAGUAGUGCAUACCAUCCAAGGUCUAGAUCAUACCGGUUUUCACCAGAAACCGUCAGAUCCCAUUCCGGCCGGUUUAGCUGUUGACCCUCGUACUGGUGCCCUAGUUCUCAAUGGCAAACUGGGGCAUCUUCAGUUCUAUCAGCUAGGAAAAGAUAAGCUUCUCUACAAUAUGGACAUCACCGGUGAGAACUACAUUUCUCCUGAGAACCUUCACAAACCCCUGGCCCACACCGAGGUCACUCAUAUGACCUUUGACCUGAAAGGUGAUUGGAUGGUCACGGCUGAGAGGAGAGAUGAUGGGGAGACAUCGGUGGAGAUGAGGCUCAAAUUCUGGGAGUUUGAUGCCAAGAAACAGAGUUUUACAUUGAACACCACAGUGGAGAUGCCUCACCAAGAGGUAAUCAACGCUCUCCGAUUCCGACCUUCUAGUAAAGGUCAUAGUAAGAGUGAGGAUGCUAUGGUUGUUACUACCAGUGCUGAUGGGAAGUUUAAACUCUGGAUGCUCGUUGAUGAUACAGAUGUGGAGAAAACAAAACAAUGUUGGAAUUGCGAAUCGGUGGGCUUCUACAAGAAUGCAGAGCCAAGGGCUGCGGCUUUCUCCUCUGAUGGAUCUCUGCUGGGGGUGGGAUUCAACGAGGUCAUCACGCUUUGGAACCCAGAGGUCAACGAACUUAAGAAGAUCCUCACUCAUGCAGCGGUCAGUACAGAAAUCAAAUGUCUAUGUUUUGGUCAUGGUUCAUCGGCCCAUCUCUUAGUUUCUAGUACUUCAGCAUCCAUUACUGUGUGGAAUCUAUUAACAUGUAGGGUUUCGUGGAGUGUAUCUAUGUCCGUCAACAUUCUCAUUGGUGAUCCCUACAGUCAACACUUUGCCAUCUUUGAUAACAAAAACAGUUUGUUUGUCUUCGAUGGAUGUGAACCACUCCCUGUGUUCCACCAUUCUUCCACUUCCUCUUCCGAAGUCAUCUCGGCCAUCUUCACUCCAAGACAGAGCCAGGCAGACAAGGACAACAAGGAGGCACUGCCCGCUGAUCCAUUGCCAUGGCAACAGCAUUCCGAGCUUUACUUUGUGACCAAGUCGAAAGAGUUGCUGACGUUGAUUAGCAAAGAGCAGGCCAAGCAAGAAGAGAAGAUUAAUAAAUAUGAUGCAAGUGAUCUCCAUGGGAGCAUACCACUCACACCGUUUGCUCAGCUCCUGGAUGGGGCUUCAAGGCAGAUCUCAAGCGACAGUCAGUUGGGAGGUAGCCAAGCACAGAGUCUCGCCUCUUCUAAGGCUUCAACAAGCAAAAUCCUUGCUGCUCCACCUCACAUUCUUCCACCAGCAAGCCAUCUUUGUUCUUCCUUCAUUCUAUCUCUUCUUGGACCUCCUAGUCACUUAUCGAACAGCACAGGAACAGAUUCUGAGAGUGAGGACUCGGAGGAUGAAGACCACGCCCACCAAUCCUCUCAAGAUUCAGACAUGGAAACAGAAGACGUACACACAGCUCCGCCCACGGCAACAGGGUCAAGUUCAUCAUACACCCCCGUCGUUGAGGAGGCAGAGCUUAGUGAGAAGGAGAUGAAGAAACUGUCAAAAGCAGCCAAAACUAAAUAUAACUGGAUUAGAACAUUAUCAGAAGAAGCUUCAUGACAAGCAGUGAUCUAGGCCAUGAAGCAUCUGAAACUGGUUUGAACAGGAUUUCUAGAACUUUAUUUUUCUUAUCAUGCAGUCUCCAAGGCUCCAUGGCAUUCAGUCUCCAAACUGAACGCAGUCAUUACUGGAUCAAACUGGAUCUAACUUGAGUCAAAGUACUAGAGGCGGAACUUCUUCUGUGUUUUAAAUAGGAAGAGGGGGACGCUAGUCCAGUUCAACUGGAUUUACAGAACCAAAGUGUCUGAAGUGUUUGCCUAAAUCAAAACUCUGAAGAAUUAUGAUAAAUACAGCUAACCCUACACAAGUCAUAUAUCUCUUUGAGACCACAAAGAUUCUGAUUUUACAGUUCAAAGAAAUACAACUUUAAUGGAUUAAACAGCAUGUUAUGAGUUCAUCUGUCUGAAAAUGAUUCGACUUGAUUUGACUCAUUGAAGGUUGACCAAUGGAUAACCCAUGUCAUUGAUGAAGUAUGAUAUAUUCCAUUAAAAAAUGUCAACUAUAAGCCAAAGUUUAUUAAGGUUUGAACCUGCAGGAGCAUAAUAAUGUACAUGUACAUGCCGGUCUUAAUAUUUUUUUCUUUUUUUUUUAGUACACAAAAUAAAAACAUGAAUGGGUAUCCUUUUGUGAGUUCAGGACAUAGAAAUUAUUUUCUUUUAUCUCAAUAGAAUCACCUUAUGAAAACACACAAUAAUGUUUGAAAGUUUGCCUGUUGGUAUGGUAAUCUCAGAAGAGGUUGACUUGAUGCCAUGUGGCAAGUCAUAAGAUGGACUAAGAAAAGUAGAUAGAGGUAAAAGUCAAACAAGUAGAAGGAUGGAAGGUAGGGAAUUCAUUUCAUAAAGACGUACAGUCAAUCUGUGUGAAACUUUUAAUCUUCUCUCCCGCUCUACAACUCCAUUCACAAACUCAAACAAGCCUCCUCUCAUGUAUUAACCUACUCAAGCCUCUUACCUUUUCUGGGGCCCGUUGCAGAAAGAGUAGCAAUCAAUCGCAACUUGAUUUUCAACCAAUCAACAGCGCGCAUUCGGGACUUGCGAUUGAUUUUUGACUUGCGUUUAAACACAACUCUUUUUGCAACAGACCCCUGGUUUGUAGUCCUUUUAAAGGAAUUCAGGGAGUGUUUCAUGAAAGGACUUGUCCGAUGUUUAAUCCGACAGUCACCAUGGUAACAUUGACUCUCAACCAAUAUUUCUCAAGAAAAAUGUUGAUAAAACGCUUCCCAGGACUCCACCUAUCUCCCUACCAUUUCACCUCCACCUUUAUUCACUUUUGUUAGUCCAUCAAAGACUCGCCAAUUGGUGUAACAUGAACCCCUUUGCAACACACAUGCAAGUUUACAUGAGCCAAGAAAACUUUUCCAUACCAUAGUCAGCCCCCCCCCCCUACAAAAAAGAAAGAAAUCAUACUUUAGUUGACAAUGUAUGCAAUUAAUUUUUUAACCGCAUGUUGCACUGUAAUUCAGUCCCCCACAAAAGAAAUCCAGGGUCCUAAUACCGGUACACAAAAUACAAUGGCCCGUAUUCUGAAGUCGGGUUUAUCUUAGACCACGGUCUAACUCUGUGCUGAAAUUAUGGGGAG